CCUACAAAUCGGACGUUUCGUGUAAAUGGACGUGUCAUUUUAGGCCGUGUUCAUGCUUUAAUUCAUAUUAAUGGUGUUAUUAAGGUCGUUCGGUGAAAUAAAGUUUGAAUUUUUAUUAUGUUGACGUCAUCUUCACAUGUUUCCAACAAUGGUUCAUACUCAAAUGACAGGGGGGCUGGUUUGGAGGCUGAAUAUGUCGUUGAUCCGGCCUCCGGAGGCUUCUUUCACACUGAUUUCAAGAAACACGACGACCUUAAAGAAAUGUUGGAUUCAAAUAAAGACAGUCUUAAGUUGGAGGCUAUGAAACGCAUUAUUGGGAUGGUUGCUAAGGGUAGAGACGCGUCUAUGUUAUUCCCAGCUGUUGUCAAAAAUGUUGUUUCAAAGAACAUUGAAGUUAAGAAAUUGGUGUAUGUUUAUUUGGAGAGAUAUGCUGAAGAGCAGCAAGAUUUAGCUUUAUUGUCUAUUUCUACGUUUCAAAGAGCUUUAAAAGAACCAAAUCAGUUGAUAAGAGCGGGUGCUUUGAGAGUCUUAUCAAGUAUUAGAGUUAAAAUGAUUUCACCGAUUGUGAUGUUGGCCAUAAGGGAUGCCUCGUCUGAUAUGUCACCUUAUGUGAGAAAAACCGCAGCUCAUGCUAUACCAAAACUCUAUAGCUUAGAAAACGAGCUAAAAUUGGAACUAGUAACGAUAAUCCAGAAACUCCUAGCUGACAAAACCGUUCUAGUGAUAGGUUCCGCCGUAAUGGCCUUCACUGAAGUGUGCCCCGAACGCGUGGACUUAAUCCACCAAGUCUACCGAAAACUUUGUGCCUUGUUAGUAGACGUGGACGAAUGGGGUCAAGUAACAAUCGUGAACAUGUUAACGCGCUACGCCCGCAUGCAAUUCGCCGACCCCAACCUCCACAACCAUGGCGACGACUCCGACCGUCCAUUUUACGAUUCAGGUUCUGACUCCUCGGAAAAGCCCGCCCCGACGUUAGACCCCGACCACCGCUUGUUGCUCCGGUCAACACGGCCCCUUUUGCAAUCGCGAAACGCCGCCGUUGUCAUGGCCGUCGCCCAGCUGUACCAUCACGCAGCCCCCAAAAGCGAGAGCCCUUUAGCGGCGAAAGCAAUGGUGCGGCUGUUGCGGUCUCAUGUCGAGGUGCAGAGCGUCGUUCUAAACGCCAUCGCGUCGAUCAGUGCCCAAAACAAGGGCAUGUUUGAGGCGUAUUUGAAAAGCUUUUUCGUUCGCACCUCGGAUCCAACCAAUAUUAAGUUACUGAAACUUGAGAUUCUGACGAAUCUUACAACCGAUUCCAACGUUUCGAUUAUCUUGAGGGAGCUGCAAACUUAUAUUUCCAACAGCGAUAAGAAGUUUGUGGCGGCCACGAUUCAAGCCAUUGGGAGGUGUGCCUGUUCUAUCAAUGAAGUCACGGACUCUUGCCUCAGCGGACUUGUCUCCCUACUCUCCAAUAGAGACGAAGCCGUUGUUGCUGAAAGCGUGGUUGUUAUCAAAAGACUGCUACAAACGCAAGCUGCUGACCCCAAGGAAAUCAUCACCCAUAUGGCACGACUUCUUGAUAACAUAACAGUAGCUCAGGCUAGAGCUGCAAUUCUGUGGUUACUUGGCGAACAUUCGCAAAAAGUCCCAAACAUUGCGCCUGACAUUCUUAGGAAAUUAGCUAAAACCUUCUCUGAUGAACACGACAUUGUGAAAUUACAAGUAAUGAACUUGGCUGUAAAACUGUACAUAACAAACUCCGAACAAACUGCAUUAUUGUGUCAAUAUAUUUUUAAUUUGGCCCGGUAUGAUCAAAAUUACGACAUAAGAGAUAAAGCAAGACUUCUUAAACAAUUUAUACCGCAACAAAAUGGUCGAAUAACAUCUCAAUCUGCUAGGAUAUUUCUGGCAAGCAAACCUGCACCCUUACUUCAGUCACAAUUCAAAGACCAUGAAGACUUACAAUUGGGUUCAUUAUCGCAUUAUAUCAAACAAAGAGCGACCGGUUAUGAGCCACUACCACCGUUUCCGGAACAGCCGCCUCCAAGUGAUGUUAGAAACGUCGAACCAAUCGUUAUUGAAGACCCUAAAUCGUACAAAAAAUCGGACAAAAAGGGUAAAGACAUGUUUUUGUGGGAGUCGGAGAGUUCACGGGGUGCUAGUAGCAAUAACAGUUCAGAUAGCUCCGAUUCGUCUGGCAGUAGUAGCGAUAGCUCAAGUGAAGAUAGUGAAAGUCAAUACGAGGAAGAAUCGUCAAGUGAAGAUAAAUCAACAAGUACGAGUGCAGAGUCAAGUAGUGAAGAAAGCGAAGAAACGAAGAGUCAAGAACCAAAACCGGAAGCACCAAAACCAAAAUCGAAUUUAGACUUAUUGCUAGAUUUAGGUGACGUUGAUAACUCUGUACCAGUGAUGACACCGUCGCUUGGCGGAUUUUUAACACCUACUGUUGUAAAUUCAACGUCAUCGUCGCAGAUUGAAAUGACACCUCCUGUUUUUACAAACACUAAACCAAUUGAACUUAUAAAUAAAAUCAAUGGAAGGGGUUUAUCUGCGACUUACAGGUUUACCCGGACGCCUCAUAUUUUAUCGCCAAGUAUGGCAAAUAUUAAUAUAAUGUUUACCAAUAACAGCAGUGAGGAUAUCACUGAUAUUAGAUUGGGGAAAAAGAACCUAGGAUUGGAUAUGUCGAUGUAUGACUUUGCAAACAUCUCGAGAUUAUCCCCGAAUGGUUGCCUGCCGGCGUCGCUAGGGAUCGACUUUAAUGACACGACUCAACCAGCCAAUUUUGAAAUUGUUUGUUCAUUGGGAAACUUCAGCGUUUGCAUAAAACCAAGUAUAGGUGAGCUGGUGCGCCCCGUCAAGAUGGACAAUACCACAUUCCAAGAAAAGCAGUCGAAAUUGGGGGGCAUGAACGAACAUAUCGGAAAAAUAAAGUGCGUCUCUAACAUCAUUGAAAAAGUCACAGAAUGUAGUAAUUUGGGCGUAUGUGACCCAACAAUUGAUAAUUUGAGGUUCGCGGGUCAGACUUUGAAAUCGUCGAACUUCGUUUUGGUCACAGUAACCAAACAAGAAGUUGUUACAGUCAAUUGUGACAAUAUGGUGUUUGGUUCUGUUAUGCUCAACGAAUUACUACAUAAUCUCAAGUCAUAAGUUGCUUGAUGUGUAUUUAAUGUAUUCUUGUACUUGUUUUGUAACAGAAAAAUACUUAAAACAUAAUGUGCACUUGCUUAAAACGUUUUAGAGCUUCCUUUUUGCGUGAAUAUUAUGUUGAAUGUAUUUUUGACACUUAGUUAAGUAAUCCACUUUUCUUUUUUAUCCUUUCAAAUAAAUAUUUAUGAGAAA